GCCGUCCGAAGGUGGCAGCAUCGGCCCCCGCAGUCCUCCACGGUAGGGCUGGCGCUGUGCAGGUCGCCGGCGGGCCGCGUCCGGAGCCCGGCGCCUAGCAGGCCUGGAGAGGCGGAGGCCACACCCCGAGCUCGGCCCCGGCGCUUCCCGCCGGUGAAUCAUCCCCCGCUGCGGAGGCUCCCGCAGUCCGCUGCAGCGCUCCGGGCCCUGCCGCGCCCCAGCCAAGUGCCGCGCCCCGCCUCUCCGCGACCCCUCGCUCCGUGCACUGCGCCAUCCCGAUCGCUACCAUGGCGGGCAUCGCGAUGAAGCUGGCCAAGGACCGCGAGGCGGCCGAGGGGCUGGGGUCGCACGAGAGAGCCAUCAAGUACCUCAACCAGGACUACGAGACGCUGCGGAACGAGUGCCUGGAGGCCGGGGCGCUCUUCCAGGAUCCCUCCUUCCCCGCCCUGCCGUCAUCCCUGGGCUUCAAGGAGUUGGGGCCCUACUCCAGCAAAACUCGGGGCAUCGAAUGGAAGCGGCCCACGGAGAUCUGCGCUGACCCCCAGUUCAUUAUCGGAGGAGCCACCCGCACGGACAUCUGCCAAGGAGCCCUGGGGGACUGCUGGCUGCUGGCUGCCAUCGCCUCCCUCACCUUGAAUGAAGAAAUCCUGGCUCGUGUUGUGCCUCCAAAUCAGAGCUUCCAGGAAAACUAUGCCGGCAUCUUCCACUUCCAGUUCUGGCAAUAUGGCGAAUGGGUGGAGGUGGUGGUAGAUGACAGGCUGCCCACUAAGGACGGGGAGCUGCUCUUUGUGCAUUCAGCUGAGGGGAGCGAGUUCUGGAGCGCCCUCCUGGAGAAGGCCUACGCCAAGAUCAACGGGUGCUAUGAAGCGCUCUCGGGGGGUGCCACCACCGAGGGCUUCGAGGACUUCACGGGAGGCAUUGCCGAGUGGUACGAGCUGAGGAAACCGCCUCCCAACUUGUUCAAGAUCAUCCAGAAGGCUUUGGAGAAAGGUUCUCUGCUUGGCUGCUCUAUCGAUAUCACCAGCGCUGCAGAUUCUGAGGCCAUCACGUACCAGAAGUUGGUGAAAGGACAUGCGUACUCCGUCACCGGAGCCGAGGAGGUUGAAAGCGCUGGAAGCCUGCAGAAAUUGAUCCGCAUCAGGAAUCCCUGGGGACAAGUGGAGUGGACUGGGAAGUGGAAUGACAACUGCCCCAGCUGGAACACGGUUGACCCAGAAGUACGGGCUAAUCUAACAGAACGGCAGGAGGAUGGAGAAUUCUGGAUGUCCUUCAGUGACUUCCUCAGGCACUACUCUCGCCUGGAGAUCUGCAACCUGACCCCGGACACCCUCACCUGCGACUCCUACAAGAAGUGGAAGCUCACCAAGAUGGAUGGGAACUGGAGGCGAGGCUCCACCGCAGGGGGCUGCAGGAAUUACCCAAACACCUUCUGGAUGAACCCUCAGUACCUAAUCAAGCUGGAGGAGGAAGAUGAAGACGAUGAGGAUGGGGAGAGGGGCUGUACCUUCCUGGUGGGCCUCAUCCAGAAGCACCGGAGGCGGCAGCGGAAGAUGGGCGAGGACAUGCACACCAUUGGCUUUGGCAUCUAUGAGGUCCCAGAGGAGCUAACAGGGCAGACCAACAUCCACCUCGGCAAGAACUUUUUCCUCACAACCCGAGCCAGGGAGCGGUCGGACACCUUCAUCAACCUCCGGGAGGUCCUCAACCGCUUCAAGCUGCCCCCGGGGGAGUAUGUCCUCGUCCCCUCCACCUUCGAGCCCCACAAGGAUGGCGACUUCUGCAUCCGGGUCUUCUCUGAGAAGAAGGCUGACUACCAAGCUGUUGAUGACGAAAUCGAGGCCAACCUUGAAGAGAUCGACGUCAAUGAGGAGGAUAUUGACGAUGGGUUCAGAAGGCUGUUCACGCAGCUGGCUGGGGAGGAUGCAGAGAUCUCCGCCUUUGAGCUGCAGACCAUCUUGAGGAGAGUUCUAGCCAAGCGCCAAGACAUCAAGUCAGACGGCUUCAGCAUCGAGACCUGUAAGAUCAUGGUGGACCUGCUGGAUGAAGACGGGAGUGGCAAGCUGGGCCUGAAGGAGUUCUACAUCCUCUGGACAAAGAUUCAGAAAUAUCAAAAAAUUUACCGGGAAAUCGACGUGGACAGGUCCGGAACCAUGAACUCCUAUGAGAUGCGGAAAGCUCUGGAAGAAGCAGGUUUCAAGCUGCCCUGUCAACUCCACCAAGUCAUCGUCGCCCGGUUUGCAGACGACGAACUCAUCAUCGAUUUUGACAAUUUUGUCCGCUGUUUGGUUCGGCUGGAAACACUAUUCAAGAUAUUCAAGCAGCUGGACCCUGAGAACACCGGAACAAUACAGCUCAACCUUAUCUCGUGGCUGAGUUUUUCAGUACUCUGAAGUUACCGUGCCUGGAGACUUCUAGUGGAAGAAAACAGCCAAUGCCUAAACGUCAACCCUUUGUAUCUGGAUCUUGAACUUAAGGGAACAUUUCCUUCAUGGGAUGAUUAUAACUGAAGAAUAUAGCCGUCGGAGAUAGCUGAACUUUUCACAUAUCAGAGUAACAGAUUUGCAUACCAUUGAACCAAAUGCAAGUGAAUCGCACCACCCUUGGUAAGGUGAAAGCAAGCUUUAUGCCUGUAAAUAGUAUAUCCUUUUUACUUCAACACAUUGUCCUGGUCAUAGCAAUAUUAAAUUAGGAAGGAAUGCAGAGCUUAAAUAGCAGGGCAAACAGGAAAUCAAUCUCAGAGGCCACAAGGCCUUGAGGGGAAUAUUUAAAGAAAUUUUAAGUUUUAAAGUGCAGUGGUGGCAUCUGCCACAGCAGCCCAGAGACUGCCGCUUGCCCUGAGCAAACUGGGAAAUACAAUGAUGAAGCAGUCUGAUGGAGGCAUCUAAAGAGUCCAAGAGCCAGGAGGGUCUGACACAAGGCCAACCUGGGCUACCUAGCAAGACACAAUCUCAAAAAAUAAAUGCCAAUUUAAAAAAAGGGGGGCAUGUUUCCAUCAUUUGGUUCUAACAGAAGAUGGUUUUUAUACACCUUUAUCAUUCUUAAAUUUAAGUCCUUGACCAUAGUUGGCCUUAGACAUUUGGGUCUUACAAGUAGUAAGUAGUGAGAUCAUUCUACUGACCAACUGAGCCAGGUGUGCGGUCUGUAAGAAGAGCGUGAUAAACCCCAGGGAUUGUGCCUACAGCUGUGGAGGACAGGGCUCAGAAGAUCUUAAAACAAUCAAGCUGGCUUCUUGAUCCUGGGAAAAUGCUAGCAACCAUACAGACAUAUUGCCUUAUCUACUUCUAAACGUACUGUUAAUAAAGAGUUACAAUGCAGUCGCA